UUUCUUCCUCUAUAUAUCCCUCGCCCCUUCCUUACAAAUUUCUCUCUUUCCAGUAGUCACUGUUUUAGGUGCACCUUCUCAAAUUGAAAACCAUCAUUUAUUUUUCUCAAAAACCCCAAACAUACAGAAAAAUAAAAAAAUAUAAAAAAUGCAAGUUCCAUUGAUAGACAGGCUCAACGAUCUCCAAGCAGGUCUCAGUACACUCCAGAACCCAUCGUUCCCUUCUCAGAUCACUUCAACCUCCAUCGCCGGAAUCCAAUCUGUUUCCAUAGCUUACAGUUUCUGCAAAUGGGGCGCUUUGAUUCUCGCUCUAGUCGCCACCGUUGGCGGCAUAUUCAACAGAGUCACCAUCUUCAUCAUCAGGUUCCGCAACAAAGCCCCUUCACUUCCCUCAAUCUCGUUUAGCUCCGACGAUGAUUACACAAGCUCCGACAACGACGAUGCCAUUUCGGACUUGUCAUCGUCGUCGGAGUUUGAAGACGGACACGAAAAUGAACUCUCCGUGUUUUCCAGUUUUCAACGAGUGAACGAGUAUUUUCGAGUGAGAGGCGCAAAUGGAAACGACGUCGUCGAUGAGGACGAUGUUCAGAAUCAAAACGACAACACUUGGCUUAAACGACGUCGUAGCAUUGGGAGAGGGCGCGCGUGGUAAUUUGGCGGUUAAGAUUUGGGACACGCGCCUCAGGAAACGGAAGCCGACGGUGGUGGCGGAGUGGGGCCGGAGCGUGGGAAAGAAUGUGCGGGUUGAAUCUGGCGGCGUUCAGAAGGUUUACGUCACUGAUGAAGGCCGUUACGGCGUUACGGUUGGUGACAUGAGGAAAGUGUUGACGCCGUUAGGCAACGUAACGGAAUCUGAUGCGGAUACUUGGUGGGAUGCUGAUGCUGUUAUUGUCUCGGACGAGCCGUAUUUGGGUAGUGAUGACCAUUCAAUGUUGAGGACAAGUUAAAUAAAUGCGAUUUCUGGUUGGUGCAUAUUGUUUAAUGGGAAGGGGGAAAAAAAA